GUCCCGUGCAGCUGGGGCCAUGGGUGCAGUGUCAGUUCUCUACAAAUCCAGGCUCCUCUGUCUUCAUCAGAACCCUUUGUGGGGCACUCUGUCUCUUACAUGUGAUCCAGCUCAAAUAUUCCCCCUGGGUGAGUGACUUUCUCUUUCCUCUGAGCUUUCCUGGGUGGUGGUCUGGCCUUUUUCUUGCUGGGCUAGAAGGUAAUCGUGUGUCUGUCUCCUUGACUAGAAUGGAGCCUGGCUUACCUACCUUUGUGUCCCCUGCAUCUAACACAGUGGCUAAAACAGUAGGUACCAGGAAAGGUUUACACAAAAUGUAGCUUGUUUUGAAUCACUUCUCGAUUUUUUUAACUUCUAGUGCUCUACUUAUACAGCAGGUUCUCAGUAAAAAUUCUUAAAAUGAAUGAGUAGGACACAGCUGAGGGCCUAAAGUUGCUACCAGGCCAUUCAUUUAUCAGCCAUUUACCUCUGAUGUCAGCCCCUUCCUCACUUGCUGGCAUUUCCCUUGAGAAAACAAUGGGGUCUGCGAUGCCCUUUACAAUUCUUGGCCCAGAUCCUCCAGAUUUGAAACAAACAUCUAGCUUUUGAAGAACAGAUUCACUAUUUUCUUCCUAUUUGGUACCACCUUUUGUAUCUGUUGUUCACUGAGCAUUUGCAUUUAGCUUAGAGUGAGGGAUGGAAGAGCCCCAGCAAACAAACAGGAGAAUUAGAAAAAAAGUGACUUCGAUCCACUCCCUUUCUCUAUUGCAGACGUCUUAACAAAUCAUUUAGUUUUGUCUACCUGCCACCGAAUGGCUUUACUAUCACUCUGGGGUCCACAGGAGGGGGUCUGUUGUGUGUGUGUGUGUGUGUUUGUUUGUAUGUAGCUGUGUUCCCUUUAUCCAUGUGUAGUCACUUUCGUUUUGUAGGUACCCAACUAUUUGUGGCAUAUAGUUAUAGAGGUAAUGAGUAUCCACAGAUUACCCCUUAAUGUAAAUAGUUUAUCAAAAUUAUAACUAGUCUGUAAUUAAACUAUUUUCUUUGUUCCUUUUUCUGUUAAACAUAGACCCUUUCUAACCUGGAUUGGAGUAGUGGUUGCUGAGGCAAAGCCACGUCUAUGGAAAUUUAAUGUGUGGGGCAAGUAUGGGAGCUUUGGGAAACCCUUCCAUGGAGUGUAGAGUGAGGGGUCUGGGACUGUUUUAAGAAGUUCUCUUGAAGGAUAAAGUUACUCUUGGAGCUAAGCCUUGGACAGGAGUGAGUGGUGGGUGAGGGCUGAAAUAGGGGUAUUUAUAUAUGUUGUUCAAAGCCCCUAAGGUGCCAUAAGCAGCACACGUGCAUGGUGAGCACAUGCUUGAAUUGGCUGCCUGCAUUUCCUCAGCUUCACCUCCACCGCCUGGGAAAGUGCCCGUGGCUCCUCAUUGCCCCGUUGCUGUGGGAAUCCAGGAGUUAUUUAUUGGUGGUAAGAGUUUCCUGGUAUAUCUUGAACCUGCCACCUCCACAUUUCUCCCUUGAAACUCCUUGGGGGUUAGGGAGGAAAGUACAGAGAGAUUUCAGGGGAAUUUUAAAUAUUUGCCAUCAAGAAAAGAUAGAGAGCUGAGGCCUGGUGCCCAUAAACGGGCAGGUGCCUCCCCUUCCAGCCUCAGUCCUGGCUUAGCCGCCCCACUUGGUAUCUGCCCCUCCCUUUCCAUUCGCCUUCCCCCUUUUAGACCAUUCCUGCCUUUCUCAGUACUCUGCCCUGAGGAGUCAGCUGAGCAGCCUCAGGUUUUCCACUAAGUGUCUGAAGAGGCACAGGUUGGCCACCUGCCUGCUUUCCUUCUGCAUCACUCUCACUCUUCUUUCUCCAGGGGACACCACUGCAUGGCAGACAUCAGGUUUUGUGUUACUGAUGCCCCAGUCGUCCCCAUAUGCUGCCAAAGUCUUUCCUUGGUCCCAGACCGGUUGUGUUCCUGCAGCACGGCUUGCUGGCAGAUUCCAGUAACUGGGUCACAAACCUGCCCAACAGCAGCCUGGGCUUCAUUCUGGCAGAUGCUGGCUUUGACGUGUGGAUGGGGAACAGCAGGGGAAACACCUGGUCUCGGAAACACAAGACUCUUUCGGUUUCUCAGGAUGAAUUCUGGGCCUUCAGUUUUGAUGAGAUGGCAAAUUAUGACCUACCAGCUUCAAUUAACUUCAUUCUCAAUAAAACUGGCCAAGAACAAGUGUAUUAUGUGGGUCAUUCUCAAGGCACCACCAUAGGUUUUAUAGCAUUUUCACGGAUACCUGAGCUGGCCAAAAAGAUUAAAAUGUUUUUUGCCCUGGCUCCUGUGGCUUCACUUGAGUUCUGCACUAGCCCUAUGGUUAAAUUAGCAAACUUUCCAGAUCUUCUCAUUAAGGACUUAUUUGGGGUCAAAGAAUUUCUUCCCCAGAGUAAAUGUUUGAAGUGGCUGAGUAUCCAUGUUUGCACUCAUGUCAUUCUGAAGGAGCUCUGUGGAAAUCUCUUCUUUAUUCUGUGUGGAUUUAAUGAGAGAAAUUUAAAUAUGUCUAGAGUGGCUGUGUAUACAGCACAUUCUCCUGCUGGAACUUCUGUGCAAAACAUGUUACACUGGGGCCAGGCUGUUAGACUCCAAAAGUUCCAAGCCUUUGACUGGGGAAGCAGUACCAAGAAUUAUUUUCAUUAUAACCAGAGUUACCCUCCGACUUACAAUGUGAAAGACAUGACCGUGCCAACUGCCGUCUGGAGCGGGGGCCAUGACUGGCUCGCGGACGUCAAGGACGUGAAUGUCUUACUGACCCAGAUCACCAACUUGGUGUACCACAAGUGCAUUCCUGAAUGGGAGCAUCUCGACUUUAUCUGGGGUUUGGAUGCCCCGUGGCGGCUCUAUAAUGAAAUGGUGAAUCUGAUGAGGAAAUACCAGGGAAAGCCAGACUGGAGAAAGUUACCAUCAAGUCAAUGAUCAAGUCAUGUUAAAAUUUGUUUGCUUCAUUUCUCUAAAAUACUUUUUUUCUUUCCCAGGCCUUUUGUAUUUUUAUAUCCAAGAAAAUUAUGAUGUUGAAGAUGCCCAGUUCUCUCCAGUUAGGAUUAGAAACACAGUUGCUUUUUUGUUUAAUCAUGGCCAAAUAUGAAGCUAGUAUCUGUAGUCUCUAAGUCUUUUGAAAAUAUCACUGACUUGUAAAAAGGUCAUCAUUACCAUUCUGUUUAUCCUUAUAAUUUAAAAUAUGCUAUAUUGCCUUUUUAGCCCCCUACAGGACACAUUGACAUACGUAUUGGAGUUUUCAAGCUGUUUUGCUCAUUGGUAAAUCUGACACUGACUUGAAGACUACUCAGUGUAUGAGUACCCACUUCUCAUUUCUUUGCCUUAACGGGCUCUCCAGUUGAAUGGCCUUGUAUUCAGGGAUCUCAAUGACACUUUCUCAUGUUCUCAUGAAGCAGGUGCAGAAUCAAAUCCAGUGACCCCCCCACCCCCGCCGCCGCCCCCGCCCAGCUGUGCCAGUUAUAAAGAUUCUGUAGUGAAUUUUAUCAACCUGCGGUAGCCAUUAUUUAGCAAAUGUUUAAAUUGCUCAAACCAAAAUAAUUUGCUGGGGUCUUCAACAAUAAAUUACACUCAUUAAAACAACAACAACUAUAGUUUAAAUAGCUUGAAGACUGAUACAUUCAGCCAUCUGUGUUCAUGAACUCUUAAUUGUGUGGCAGGCCAUAAAUCCACUUGCUUGAGAAGAAAAGUCCUGUGGAGAGACAAUACCACUGUUUUUCCUGAAAUUAAUGUAACUCUCAACCAGCUGCUGUAGCUCAGUGAUGGCGUGUGAAGCAGAAGCCCUGAGGCUGCCCAUGAGGAGCGAACUAAUUCAUUUUCACACAAAGGAAAUGUGAGCGUGACUGUUUGCAGAUUGAAGCUCAGGGAUUCGUUUUGUGUUUUAGUUUUGUGCGUGGCCAUAUUUUUCACACUCCUGAUUGUGUCCCUGUGUCAGGAAGGCCACAUUUACCUGAUUUUCUUGCGGCAUGGUGUCCUCAGACGGACAGAAUGACAAUUGCUAUGCUUUUCCGAUAUGGUGACUUUAACUGCAAUAAUAAACCCUACUUGGUAUUGGCUGAAAUGUGCAGACAGCAUAAUACCACUUUGUAGCAUUUAAAAAGUCUUUUCUAAACUUUUCAAUAAAACUCAGUGAGCCUCACAGACCUGAA